GAGUACAGUUGUAUUGAAUGUGUUGUGUAUUUUGAAAGUUUUUUUUAACGAUAACAACUGUAAAGUGAUGUUUGUGUGACCACUGAUGGCUAUCCAAGAGAGUCGAUGACCGGACUAUUUGUGGUAAUGAUGACAACCACUAUUUGUUGUUGUUAUUGUUGAUAAUACCACGGCUUUGUUGGUGAUCCCGAUGGCAAACAUAUUGUCGAUGAACUGAAUAACUGACCGAUAACUGCCCCCCGAAAAAAAAAUGUUUGAAGACAUCGAAGAAUUGUUAGAAUCAAAAGACUUGAAUCAAUUCAAUAGAUUUGUCCGUUCGUUGGAUAAUAUCAACGACUAUAUCAUCGACGGCGACAAAAACUCAUUGAAUUUGUUGCACUUAUUUGUCGGAUAUGAAGACAACGAGUUUGUCAUCGACUGUAUUGAGUGUUUGUUGUCUUUGCCAGACAUCGAUAUUAACAGUUUGGCCAAAAUUGACUCCACUUUGAUGUCAAGCGCACACUUAGCCGUCCAAUGGGGUCAUCACAAGACAUUGCAAACUCUUAUCAAUUAUGACAUCGAUCUCUUUAUAUGUGAUUUAUAUGGAGAGACUGCAAGAGACUAUGCCAUCAACAGUAAUGAUAAGAUAUCUUUUAAUAUCAUUGAAAAUGGUCUCCAAAAGUAUUUUGCAAAUGAAUCCUAUUAUGCAUUAAAUGAUAUCUUUAGUCCUAAAAAAUGCGAACAAAACAGUAAUACUGAUACAAACAACAACACCAACGAUAAUAAAUCAGUAAUAAUUAGUGCAAUAAGUGGUGCAAACGCUAAUUCAGAUGAACCUCUUAUUCAAAAUCAUGAAAAAUAUUUGGAUAAAACUGUUGUCAAUUCUGAUAAUUAUAAAGUAAAUAAUAGUCAAAAGUCAAUUGAUUCUCAAAAUUCUAGUAAUAAUAGUGACAAUACUCUGGUGUCAAAUAUAUCCUAUGAGAAGACAAACUCAAUAAAAAGUUGUUCAUCAAUAAGAAGCGACAAAACAGAGAUUUAUGUUUAUAAUGAUAAGGACUAUAAUGUGGUACUUAUUGAAGAGAGACUCGACGGCAGAUGUGUUGAUGGAAAUUCUUCAACUGAGACACUCAACAAUUUCGAUGAUGUUAUAUCCAGAGGCAGUGCUUCAUCGACUAUUGGUGACCAUACCAUUGAUAAUGUAAUAAAACUUAUGAAUAAUACUCAAAUUGUCGAUGAAUUACGAACUAUGGGUGACUCUCCCGGACCGGUAGUCAAGUCGACUAAAAAGUUUUAUAUAAAAAGACUGUUGAAAAUGAGAAAAGGAAAAGUUUGUUCGCCAUCUAAGACAGUGUUAGCACUUCCUAACCAUUGUUACGAAUUGAAUAGAUUGGUCGACGAAACGUUUCCCAAUGAUGAAGCAGAAAGACUUGAACAACAAUUGAUUAAACAUUUCAAGAGUGACCAAACAAAACAAAUAUACUUUAAUUAUUUGCUAAUGGAUCCGGAGAUUACCGAAAAUAUUCCGCUGGAAGUCAAGUUAAGAUGUGGUAGCAAUAGUGUCGGAUAUUUUGAUAAGAAUUUGUUCAUAAAAUUUAUUAAUUCGAUAUUCUAUGUCGGAAAAGGACAGGGAAAUCGAGUUUAUGAACACUUUUAUGAAUCAAUCAAAUCUAAUGGUAAUAAUAAUAACAACAACAGGAGGAAUAAGUUAUCGCCAAAGAAUGAUAAAAUUUUGGACAUUUGGCGCAAUGGCAAAGGUGUAGUGUCUUUGCAUUGUUUUCACGACAUCACAUCCGACGAGGCGUUUGCUCGCGAAUCGAUGAUUAUCGAUGCCAUCGGUUUAAGAAAUCUGACGAAUCAGAUCAGUGGCCAGAAACGACAUUCAAUGACCAAGAAGUGGAACGAUAGGAAACGCAAGAUAUUUGGUUCAUAUUUACUGUUCAAAGCCUAUCAUAUUUAUUUAGUGACGGGUGAGAGACAAAUACGACAACCACCACAACAAUUAUCUGACAAAUAA